AUAAGCUCAUAAAAGUGAUUUCAGUUUUGAGUUCUAUAUUUCUUCCUUUUUUCAUAGAAAAAAAACAUUUUUAAUUGCAAAAUGUUGUACUCUUUGACAUCUACAGCUGCUUUAGUUCUUGCUGCUGCUACCAUUACUGGUGCGCAAAAUACUUCGAGCACAAAUGCAACUACCACUACUUCAACAGCGUCUGGUCCCCCUGCACAAGUUUCUCCUGCUUGGCUUUCGAGCGUCACUCCAUUGUCCGGUAAUGUCAAAGCUUACCCUGAAGGUGGAAAUGGCACUCUUCCCACAGGCCCUCUUGCUUCUCUUACAUUUGACUACUCUGGCUAUCCUGAAGGCUGGAAAUCUCCGUCUGCAACUAGCGCUGAGGUAUUAGCAGCCGUAAAUGCUAUCGAUUGGUCUGCUGUUCCUAACUCUGCUGUUCGUAAAGCUGAUUCCAAAGGUGAUCUUACCAUGACUGGAUAUGAUUCUGAAAAAGAUCCUGAUUGUUGGUGGAGUGCCAGUGGUUGUGUCAAAUCAAAAAAUGCCUUAAUUCCUGCCGAUGCUGCUGCCUGUCCUCAAGUUGGCGAUUGGGGCUUAACCUACGAUGAUGGACCUUUAACAGCUGACGCUGGUACUUAUGCUGAACCUCAUCUUUACGAUUUCUUAGCCGAACAUAAUCAAAAAGCGGGCCUCUUCUACAUUGGAUCUAAUGUCAUCGCUGCUCCUGCUGCUGCUCAAAGAGCUUUAGCUGAUGGUCACACCCUUUGUGUACAUACCUGGUCUCAUCCUGCUAUGACCUCACUUAGCAAUAAUAGUGUUGUUGCUGAAUUAUACUGGACUUUGAAGGCCAUCAAAGAAGUUACGGGUGUAACUUCCAAAUGCUGGAGACCACCCUAUGGUGACGUAGAUGAUCGUGUUCGCGCUAUUGCAUGGCAAAUGGGUCUUACUACCGUCCUUUGGGAUCUUGACACUGAUGAUUGGAAUAUGCCUGGUGAUGGCGGAGGAAACUUGUCACCCGAAACUGUUGAUGGUUAUUUCGAAUCCUGGAUUUCUAAUAGAAAGAAUGGCACUGACAAAACCGGACAUAUUGUUCUUCAGCACGAGUUAAAUAAUUCAACUGUCCUGAUGGCAGAAAAAUGGCUUCCUCAAGUGAAAGAAGCUUUUAAUGUCGUUCCAUGGAAUCAAUGCUUCAAUAUUUCCACUCCUUAUUGGGAAACAAACUUUGUCUAUCCUGUUAGUAAUGGAAGUGUUCCAGUGGUUGCAACUGCAUCUUCUUCAAUUCCUGUAUCUACUGCUGCUGUCACCUCUACUUCUCCUUCACCAGUAGCCAAGCCUUCUGCGUCUGACAACACUAAUGCAAACGCUGUCCUUUCACCAGCAGAAAGUGCCGCGUCUCCUCGCAUGUCAGUUUCAAGUCCCGUGGCUAUAUUUCUUGGCAUGAUCGCCAUUGCUGCUUAUGCAGUCUAAAAUGUUUUGUUUGUGAUAUUCGUCAUCCUAUCUUUUCUUGUCACAAUUACACAACAUAUAUUUUGUAGAUAUCUUUCCUCUCCCUUAUUUUUUACUCUUGUUAUGACUGACUUAAUAAUAAAAACCCUAGUGUAACAUAUUAUGCGUUGUUCCGGAUAUAUCUAAAACGAUUGGAUAUCAUACACUUCGUUUCACUCUUUUUAUCCGAGAUAUUUUUGGGAAAGCCGGAGUCUUGAGUUUGUAACUUUUUUUUUAUGUUUUCUAUAGGCGAAGGCGCUUUUAACUUCCAAGAGAAACAAGGUUGUACACUAAUUUUUUAGACAAGAUUGUACUCUAUUUGUUAUUGUGAUUUACAAUAAAUAUUUGGAGAACCGCCUAUAAAAUAGUUUUUAUCCGGGUAAAAGUAGACCAAAAAAACUAACUAUAACAUAGACCUCCCC